UUUUUGCGUCUAACGUACGUGUUGAUUUCACGGAUCACCGUCUUUUGUGAAAUAACACGUUUUAGGGAAUUUUAGAAAUAUUUUCAAAAUGGGGAAACUAAAUGUGACAAUGCUUAGAUAUUUGAGUAAAGAAGAUUUUCGGGUUCUCACUGCGGUUGAGAUGGGAAUGAAGAAUCAUGAGAUAGUUCCAGCUCCUUUGAUUGCUUCUAUAGCUCAUCUACAUUCUGGUGGCUGCCAUAAAGUAUUGAAGGAACUCAGUAAACAUAGACUUGUAGCUUAUGAGCAUGGUGGCAAGAAGGUUCCAGGAUAUCGCUUGACAAACUCUGGGUAUGAUUACCUGGCCUUGAAGACACUGACAAGUAGAGGUGUUAUACAGUUUGUUGGUAAUCAGAUAGGGGUUGGUAAAGAGUCGGAUAUUUACAUUGUGGCAGAUGAGGAGGAGAAACAGUGGGCACUUAAACUUCAUAGACUUGGGCGUACUUCAUUUCGUCAGUUAAAGAACAAGAGGGAUUAUCAUAAACACAGAAAUAAAGCUUCAUGGUUAUACCUGUCUAGACUUGCUGCCAUGAAAGAAUUUGCAUUUAUGAAGGCUCUGUAUGAUAGAGGAUUUCCGGUACCUCAACCACUAGACUUCAACCGUCAUGCUGUUAUAAUGGAGCUACUCAGUGGAUAUCCAAUGUGUCAGGUACGUGAAGUGGGUAAUGCUCCCAGUAUAUACAAUGAAUGUAUGGAAUUACUGGUCAAACUAGGGAACUGUGGUCUUAUACAUGGUGACUUUAAUGAGUUUAACCUGAUACUAGAUGACAACGAGCAAGUUACAAUGAUAGACUUCCCGCAGAUGAUUUCUACAUCACAUGAAAAUGCUGAAUGGUACUUUGAUAGAGAUGUUACCUGUAUAAGGGAUUUCUUUGUGCGGAGAUUUCAUUAUGAAAGUGAAUUUUAUCCUAAAUUCUCUGAUCUGAGGAGAACUGGUGACCUUGAUAUAGAGGUUGCAGCGAGUGGUUUCACGAAAGAUCUCGCCGCAAAAUUUGAUGAGGCAGCUGAAGAAUACAACAUUCUGGGAGGUCCCGACAAUCCUAGAGCAGAGGGUGAUGAUGAUGAUAGUGAUGAAUACAGUGAUGAUGAUGAUGAUGAUGAAGAGGUACAAGAGGAGGGUGAAAGUUUACCAGACAUAGACGUGAAACAUAAACAUAGAGGAGAAGGAAAGGGAACCAGUGUUGGCGUUGAUAAAAAUACUAAUGAAACUGGUAAUGAAUGUAAUGAUUGUGGGGACAUAAAGACUGACGAUAUAAAGGAGGACAAUAGUGAUAAAGAAAAAGAACAUCAUGAACAUGUUGUAGAAGAAGUUGAAGAUGGUGAGAUGUAUAAUAUCAGUGCUCAGAAUAAAGAGUAUAGACCAUUUAGAAAUGAAGAAAGUAGAGCACAUAUUAACUCUCACAUGCACAUUGGUAGGAGCCGGAACUCGGACAGUAUGUGUUCUACAAGCACAGUGUCUAGUAUAGCUCCAGAGGUGAUACGAGCGAAGGUAAAGAAACAACAGAAGAAACAACAACAAAUAUUGAAAGCUCGGAGGAUAAGAAAAAGUGGGGAGGCUUCGUUACAGACAAGACAAAGACGUGAUACACAGCUUGAUAUAAAGCAGAGUACCUCAGAUGUCUGGUUCUAACAAUAUUAUAUCAUAGCAAUCAUUGAAUAACAUUUAUUCAACACACAUUUUAAAUGUAUUUUUCAGCUUUCUUUAUCUUCAUAAUGUCAUACAUAGCUUGUGUUUGAUGAUGUGAUAAUCUAAAAUGUGAAUGUGAUGGCGGAGAAAAAUUUUCAAAUAGCUUCUUGGAAAAUGUUUUUAUUGUUAUUGUAUAUAAACUAUUGUUAAAGAAAUAAAUGUAUUUGUGCUAAAGUGGUAUAUCAUGGGAUGUAUAGAGUUUAUAACUGUAUUCAUCACUAUUAUCAAACCUUGAGGGUGAAAUCAGUACAACAUCUAUACAACAACCACCCUUUAGAAGUCAAAGAUAAUGGUUGUUACUGAGAGGUGUCUGCUCUACAGAGGUUUUAUUUAUUGUGAAGUCUUACUUUGGGGAAAAAAUAAUCAGGCUUCCACGAAUGGAGUUAUUUCCUCCUUGAUUUUGGCUUGUGACUUCCAAAAUAUAAUGCUUCUCCUUCUUUACCUAUAUAAUGUGACUUCCAUUAUUAGACAUUUUGCAGUCUCUGACUUCCAAAGUUUGGAACUUAAUGGAAGCCCUGAAAUAAUACUGUUAAACCAAUGAUUUACGGAAUGUUUUUAGUGAUAUAAAAAUUGCCCUUUACUUGUAGUAAACCUCUUAUUCUGGUAUAUUGUGCAAAUUGUGCUUAUUUUUGAUUUUCAUUUUCUGAAAUAAGGCGAUUGCCAUAGUCGAUUAUUUGAUAUUUUUACACAUAUUGAUGUUAUGUACAAGUUACUUUGAGUUAUUCUUGUAACAUAAUUACAGGCGUUUCAAUAAAUUGUGCCCAUUUUGUGCCCUAUCUCUUGAAGAAAAUACUGUUAAAUACAUUAUGAUUUUAUACCCCUUCAAAUUAAAUGAUUAAUAUAAUAUCUUGUAUGAACUUUUGUUAUAGAAUAAAGAGAAUUAAAUUGAUUUAAGAUUGAAUGUAUGUUUUUUGUGUAUUCUUAGUAAAUCAGUAAUGAAGAAAUCUUGUUAAAGCUUAUCUAGGUACACGUGUAUAGCUCACCAAUAGAACUGGACAUCACAAAAGUGGUAAAUGCUAUCACAAUAUCUAGUUAUCAUGCAAGAGUUUUUUAUUCAGAAACUCCAACCUUAUUUGUUUGUCACACAAGAGCUUUCAUGCAGAAACAAGCUAACUCUUACUUCCCCAGGGAACUUUGUUUUACUUCCCCAGGGAACUUUGUUGUGAAUGGUAAUAUGACAAAGUGUAGCAGUUGCGUAAAUUUUGCAUUUACCAGUCAAUUACCUGAUUGAGUCUGAUAAUAAAUAUUGAAAGCAAAAACUAGAACACACUAUAAAUUAUUUUAUGUUUUUAUUAAAGAAUAACACUAUAAAAGCAACAAUGUAACACAACUAAAAAUAAAUAUAUUUUAUGUAACAAAAUGUGGCUCGAAUUGAAGUUUUUAUAAAUGUUCAAAAGCAUCAAAAUUAAUUAUUUAACAAGUGUAUUAAAUACUGGUACAUGUAAGUUAAUGUAUUUAUGGUUAGCUUGAAGACAACAAGCAAUGCUGGUAAUAAAAAGUUGAAAUAAAACAACCUCGAAUAAAACUAAAAAUAUAUAUUUGUAUACAUGUAAUGAAAAAAAUCACAGAUUUUUUGUUCAGAACACAAUCUUUGUAAAUUUUAAGGACAACUAUUAAACAACAGUAUCAACCAAAUGAAGUAUAAAAUAGUUUAAGUUACUUGGUUACUAAAUAUGUAAAAUAAAGCCCAACAUUAAACAUGUGUGUAAAUGAUACAUGAAGUUUCUGUUAUAGCAUGUAUGACUAUACUAUUUAAAUUAUAAAUUUGUCGUAAAAGGAUAAUGAUUACUAUCUUUAUUGAUAUAAUUCUAAAUGAUGAUUCAAGUAUGAAAAUAUGAUAAAUAUGAAAGUUCUGUAUAGUUAUAUUUGUUUAAAAUAUUUGAUUUUAUAUUGAUCCCAUUACAAAAUUAAAAUGUUCAGAGAUGCAUUUCUUAGAAAAUCCUACGUCUUAAAUCUGUCUUAGGACCAAAACUAAGACCAAUUUGUAUUUCAAGGCAAUUGCUCUUUAUUAUGACUCCUUUAAUUUCUAAAUAGCAAUACAG